AUGGCCUUUCUUAAACCUCAAUUCUUGAUUUUGGCUCUUUUGAUUUUCUUUUUCCUUUCAAAACUUAGUUUUGCAAAGCAAUCGAGGAUAAAUGGGUUGAAAAUGAAUGUUAUUGACCGAUGUUGGAGAAAAAAUCCUGAAUGGAGGAGACACCAAUAUCAAUUAGCCACAUGUUGUGUGGGUUAUGCUGGCAAGAUGAUAAACAACAUUGGUAAUGACCUCAUUCAUUAUAAAGUUACUGACUCUAGUGAUGAUCCUAUAAAUCCCAAGCCCAACACCUUGAGAUAUGGAACUUCUAUUCUUCAAGGUAAAGUGUGGAUCACAUUCCAAAAAGACAUGCAAAUUGAACUAAAGAAACCCCUUCUCAUUAGUAGUUUUACCACUAUCGAUGGUCGAGGUGUUAAUGUCCACAUCGCUAAUAAUGCAUGCUUAAUGAUAUUUAAGGCCACCAACAUAAUUAUCCAUGGCAUUCGAGUUCACCAUUGCAAACCUCAAGCCCCUGGGAGUGUGAUGGGGCCUGAAGGAAAGGUGAUUCCUUUAGGUCAUGUAGACGGGGACGCAAUAAGAUUGGUUACUGCUUCAAAAAUUUGGAUUGACCAUAAUACACUUUAUGAUUGUCAAGAUGGUUUGCUUGAUGUAACACGAGGUUCUACUGAUGUGACUAUCUCUAAUAAUUGGUUCAAAAACCAAGAUAAAGUUAUGCUUCUUGGACAUGAUGAUGGAUAUGUGAGAGACAAGAAUAUGAAGGUUACAGUGGUGUACAAUCAUUUUGGACCUAAUUGCAAUCAACGUAUGCCAAGGAUUCGUCAUGGAUAUGCACAUGUAGCCAAUAAUUUUUAUCAAGGAUGGCUUCAAUAUGCCAUUGGUGGAAGCAUGGAACCUAGUCUCAAAAGUGAAGCUAACCUCUUUGUUGCACCAACGAUAGGAAAUAAGGAGGUUACAUGGAGAAAGAGUAGUGAUAAAAGUGGAGGUACAUGGAACUUUCAUUCGGUAAGGGAUAUUUUUGAAAAUGGAGCUUCUUUCAAUAUAACAAAAGGAGGAGGUGUGAAAAAACCGAAUUAUACUAAAGAACAAAAUUUUAAAGUUCUUGAUGCCAAAUUCGUGAGAUUGUUGACACGUUCAUCUGGUGUGUUGCAAUACAAUAAGAAUUCUAUAUAUUGA